AUGGAUAGCUUAAAACCCGAAGAAAACAAUGGUAAAGAAAAUGGGGCUACCAGUGAAAUGUCAGUGGCAUUACAUUCAUCGGAUAAUGAAGAUAAUGAAAUGUCAGAAAAACAUUCUCCGCUUGAAAAGGAUGGAUCAUCAUCACCAAAAUUUGAUGCUUUCGGUAUGCCAGCAUAUGUACCACGUUACCCACUGGAGCAAAGAAUUUAUGAAAGUGUAUUAAGUGUUCCAUGGGAUUUGCGUACACCAGAGCAAUCAUCCAUUAGCUGUACGUUUUUUGACUUUUUACGCGCAGGAAAAUUUUGGCGACAAGCAGAAUUUGCACUUCGUAUUACUCUGUUUGCUGUUCUCGUACCUUCUGCUAUUAUUGCAGCAGAUGUACCAAACUCACCUUUUGUAUCCACAACAUUUGUUCUCUCUGCAGGUGUAUUGGCAUCCAAGGUAACUGUAGGUGAGGGUUUAUCCUAUCUUUUAAUGUGGAUACGUGCUGGUUGUAUUUGGCUUCCCAUUGCCACUAUUGGAGCUGCUAUUGGACUUGGUAAUUAUAUUGUUGCCUGGUGUUUCUUCUACACUAUAUUUCUCUUUAUUAUGGCAGUUUUAACAGAAAAUAUGGUACGUCGUAUUUGUCUACUACUUUUUAACAAUUGUAUGAUUGGUAUAUUAGUUCAUCCUGAACGUACAUCUGUUUAUCCAUCACGAGUGAUGGUAGAUUGGUGUAUUGGUACAGGUCUUUGUUUAUUCGCAACACUCGUGCCGUACCCUUUUUACUCAAAGACAGAAGCAGAACGCACUAUUGGACGGAUAGCACGGAAUACAGGAGCUGCUGUAGUUGGUUUGGCAUCUUGUUUUUGGUCAGACUCUAAUGUGAAACGAAAUAUGGCCAUGACAAAGGUUCGUAUGCUUACCACAACAAUAGAUGAAGAGUUAAAACAAUUUUAUCAUGAACAAGAACAUUCCUAUUAUGAAUUUUUAUUUGAUUCAUGGAAGGUUCGAGAUGUACGAACUUUAAAGAUACAACUAUUUGAACGUCUUCGUACAAAUUUACGUGGUUUAUCUCGAGUACUUGAUAUUGUGGAAUCAAGGCCAUGGAUAGUGGAUGACUCUGAGAGAUCCAGAGCUUUUGGUGAAUUACUUACUCCCUAUAUUAUUCUAUUUGCUGGUACUCUAGAUAAACUUACGGAUUCUCUUGCUAAUGCUAAGACAUAUGAACAAAUUAGAGCUUUACAUGCUGAUUUUAUUGAAUUAAAUGAUGCCACAAGAAGACUUCAGCGUGAGUAUAAUGAAGCUCGACGAGUAUUAUUCUACGAAUAUAAAACAAGGGCACUUGAAGAAUUUGUUCCUUUGAUGACUUUCUUCAUUUUUUCAAUUGUUAAUUUUCGUGAUACUAUGCUACAACUUGAUUGUGAUGUACACAAACAUGAAUACAGAUGGCGUGAUUCCAUUUCUCAAAUUUUUAAUAGGGCAUUGGGAACCCCUAUUACAGAUAAUAUAAAAUUCUUUCGACUACUUUUUACACAAAUGCGUCGUCGAGAGAUUCAACGUGUGAUUGAGGCAGCCAAAGUAAGUGCCGCAAUGAUUCUCACCGUUGGAUUUUCAUUCCUUAUCGGUACUGAUAAGAGAACACUCUCUGGACCAAAUAUUAUUGCUUUCGUUUCUGGCAGUAAUCCAGUAGAGGCUGUACAGGCUUCUAUAGUUCGACUGACUGCAUGUAUUCUUGGUACAGUUUUGGGAUUUUUCGCUGGUACUUAUUCCACCUCACGUGUGGAUAAAGUUGCAUCUUUAUGUACACUUAUGUGUGUAGGAACAUUUUUUCGAACAGAUAAGGAAUAUGGUAUUAUGGCAGUUUACGCAAUGUUCGUUUUAAUUCCCUUGGACACAGUUGAUGAUACAACAACAGAAGAUACAAUUUCUCGUAUGAAUCAAAUUACAUUUGGAAUUCUUAUUUAUGUCUUGAUAAGUGUUCUUGUUUUACCACUAAGCCCAAGUUUGAUUUUACGUAAGAAACGUAUUAAUAUUCUUAUCAAGGUAAGUGAAGCUUUAACAAAACUUUGUGGUCUCUUCUCAGAACCGUUGCCUAUUGGAAACAUGCGAUCUACCAGUAUUCUUAGGAAUGAAAGAGGGGCAAAUGAAGAUUUGGAUGAAUUAAAGGGAUCGAAUGACUUUUCUGCCAUGUUAAAUAGGAGCACUCGCCUUAUUAUUCGUACAGAUGAAGUUAUGAAAGAAAUUGAUGUUCUUUUAAAUGAUAUUGAAAGAAGACUUAAAGGAACAUAUAUGUUUAUGGGAUUUGCACAUGAAGAACGUGGAUUGGUGGCUGUGGAUUAUCCAGUAAAGGCAUGUGAGGGGGUAUCACUUCAUCUUCACCGCAUGGUUUCUCUACUUAAAACGAUGUGGUGUAGUUGGGAUGUGAUGAGAAGUCAAAAAUAUUAUACACCUGAAACUCGUCAAAUUCUUCAUACUUUACAACCAAUUGCUUGGGAUGCUUGUAGAUCAUUUUGUCGUUUUGUAAGUAUGUUAUCUUAUUUAAUUCGGAAUCCUACAGUUGCACUAGAGACAGAUCUUAUUGAAGUAAUAUUGGAGUUUAUGCAAGCUGUAGAAGAAUUACACCUUCGCAAAAAUCAAAUUAUGGUGUAUGUUAUUAAUGCCUCUAUUGAUCGAUUUAAUCGUGCACGUGUGGAACCAACUUCUCUCUUUAAGGAACCAUCAAAUGAAUCUAUGAUCGCUAGAAGAGAAAAAUCCUCUCUUCUUAUUAAACGCUGCAAUAAGCCUCACUCUGCGGAUAGUAAUACAUUCCUUCCUCUUCUUCGCAAAGGAACAAAUGUGAAUAUCGCAGAAGAAGAAGAAAAAGAAAAAGAGAAAAAAAAAGGUGAAGAUCUUGUGGUCCUUUCAGAUAGUUUCACCUUACCUGUAACAGGUGAAGAUGCAGAGGGAUUACACUCCUUCACACUUAGUUUACUGAUGUUCUCUGAGGAGUCUAAAUUCUUGCUCAUGAACUUUGAAGAAAUGGUGGAGGUUGCGCGAGACAAGAUGCAUUGA